UGCCAUUGAGGUUGAGACCGCGAACGAGGAACAACGUCUAUCGCGACUACAUUUCCACACAUUGUAUACGUUCCUCUCCCAGUUACACACUUCGAAGUGUGCCCAGUUUUCCUCAUUUUUGCCACGCCAAAGUACACAUAAAUAAAAACUUUAAGUAAAACUUUUUUAAACUUUAAAACGUUUGUGCUAUCAAUACUUAACAGAUUUUUUUUAGUGUUUUUUUUUAAAUUUACAAGUGUUUAUUAUUUUUAGUGAUGAUAAAAAUGAUAAUAAAGUGAUUUUGUGUAAAGUUGUCGGAUUAUAUUGAAUUAUUUUUUGAAGUGUUGCCAUGAAAUUUUUUUGGAUAAUAAUUACAGUGGAUUUUUUAUCAAGAAAUCUUGUUGACCGAACUUCUGUGAAGGAUUUGUUUUAAAAGAUCAUGCUGGAGCACACCGCUAUGUAUUUUACCCCGAUCUGCGAGGAGGACACUUCCUCCUUUCCAGAUUUCUACACUCGCCUCGGUCCUUGUGAACUGCAGGACCCUGUGUGGGCCAAGAUGAGCGCAUUGGCCAGCGGCGCUAAGAAAAGGAAAAAAUCCGAAACUAAGCCUCAAGCACAGAUCAACAAGUGCAACAAUGAGAAGAGGCGGCGCGAGCAAGAGAACAUCUACAUAGAGGAGCUCGCUGAGCUGAUAUCCGCUAACUUCGCGGACAUGAGCUCUUUGUCCGUGAAACCCGAUAAAUGCGCCAUCCUCCAAGAGACCGUCAAUCAGAUCAGGAGUAUUAAACAACGAGAAUCUGCCUCCAGAUCGACUGAUCCUGUACAACAAGGUGAAGUUUCAUCCUCGCGACCAAAUAUUUUAUCAACAGACGUGUAUGGUCAUCUUCUUCUGGAAGCUUUAGACGGUUUUCUCUUUGUGGUAAACGGUGAAGGAAAGGUGGAACACGUAACGAAAAACGUGCAAAAAUUCAUUAAAUUCACGGACAAAGAGAUUCUCGGGGAGACCAUUUACAAUUUCAUCCACCCCGGUGACCACACGAGUUUCGUUUCAAGUUUGCCGAUGUCCAUCGGAUGGAGUUCUGAAACGUCGACGAAAUCGCGUUCGUUCAGCUGUCGCUUGCUGAUUAAAGCCGACGAUCAAGACGACGUCUUAUCGAAGGAUAAAUCAUCUCAACAAUCGCAACAGCAACAACAACGCGACCGUUACGAGGUGAUGUCCAUUUCGAGUACCCAAUUGACGCAAGAUUCAACGGGUUCCGAGGACGAUCCAAGCGACGGAGGUCCUUGCUUACUUUGCGUCGCCAGCAGAAUAACGCACAGGGAUCGCGCAGCCAUUUUCACCAUCGAACAGUUUACCACGAAAUUAGAUACAAGCGGGAAGAUUAUCGGCAUCGAUACUUCUGGUGUUAACGCGUACACGCAGUUCCUUAACAAAGACCUGAUGGGCCGUAUCCUGCAGGAUCUGUGCGCGCAACAGGACCUCAGGAAAUUAACGCAACACCUUAGGGACACGCUCAGUGCCGGGCAAGGGACUAGUGUUACGUACCGGCUCAAAUUAUCUCAGGACAAUUACGUUAACGUGCAGACUAAAUCGAAAUUAUUUAAAGCCGGUCCACAUUCUUCUGAAGCUGAUUUUAUUAUGGCCACACAUGCUAUUAUAGGUGAUAAUGAGCAAACAAGACCGAAUGAUCCUGGUGGUGGCGGAAACAACAACAAUAACAGUUUCGGAGGCCCAUUAAUGACGAGUGUAGUAAACGGAACAAGUAGAAACGGCAGUUCUUCGGCGUAUCUAACCACUUCGAUGACUUCUUCUUCCGGAAACCCUCCGAUGUUAACCCCGUUCGUUCUCGACGAGUAUAACUUUGACUUGCAAACCGUGUGGGGCGAUAUUUCACUGCCGGAUACCCGUAACGAAUGCCGGCAAAGUUUGACACCCGCGUCGACGCCAUCGUCGCGACCUCCAAGUGCUCCCGCGUACAGCCCCGGAGGCGGAGGAGCGACCGUCCAAAGCCCUAUGUCACAAUAUGUUGUUACACAGCAACAAAGUCCCGCGCCUAAUCCCCCAACACCGGCCGCGUAUAGUACCUUUAAUUAUAGUCCUGUGGGUGAAAGUUUCCCGAUGGACGAACAAAAAGAGACCAAAGUUAUUUUGUUUGAGGAUAACCCUUCGCCUAUGGUGGUGGUUGGAGGUGGGGAUUCGGGAAAAUUAAGAGAUUUGCUUACGAAGCCGCCGAAUUCGGUUGAAUCUUCCGAUUCGGAUAAUAAAAACGGCAGGAGUAAUAAGAAUACGCAUAAAAUCUUGAAGGACUUGCUUAACCAGAAGGACGAAGAUGAUAAUGAAAAUAAAGGCAGUCCUAAAGUGAACAGUUUAGGAAGGGCGAAUUCAAUAGCUGGACCUUCCGAUAAUAAACCCAAUACUUCAGGAAAUUAUAUGUUAAGAGAGUUAUUAAGUGAAACGAGCGAUGACGACGAUCGGGACGUAAGGGCAGGUUUGAAACCGCAAAGUGAACUUCUUCAGCAGCUGUUAAAAGAUGAACAGCCAAAAUCGGAACCGCAAUCCCAAGAAGAUUCCUUGUUGAAGAGUUUGGGUUUUCCAUCACCGACCAGCGGCGAAGGUCGCGGGGUUAAACGACCGCACGAAGAACGUGACCAAAAGAGGAACUCUUCGGACGGUGUUUCGUCAACGGGAACGACAGAAUUAUGUAAGAAGAAUCAAAUGUUGGCGAAGUUAUUAGCGACGCAACCAAAUCCUCAACCCAUCCCUCCGGUACCAUCGAGUAUCAUCACCGCAACUCCCCAGGAUACGCUCAAUAAGACCGGAAGAGUCGUCCCGACAAACGCGAUGAAACAGCAAACGUCACCGCAUCAAAAUCCGAACGCCAUGAUCGUCGCUGCGGCCGCCGCACGGGGAUCACAACGAAUGGCCGUUCGUCAACCAACCACAGGCUACCUCAAUCAGAUACUGUCACCAGAUAAUUCCGGUAUGCAACGUUCGCAAAACGGCCCGUUUAAUGCUGUAACCACGGCGGUUGUCGGCCCAGAUGGAGUUCAGUGGGAGCAAACUUCCGGAUCGGAUCCGUAUCUUUCACAACUUUUAGACCAAGUCAUCGAUAUCGUUCAACAGGAUAGUAGUAACGAUAUUUUAACGUUACUCGAUGCUGCGCCCCAACAAAAUAACACAAAUGGGUAUCAACAGCACGAAGUUAUGGCCAUUAAUAAAAUUCAGGAAUCUUUAAUGCAAAUUGAAGCUAUGAAUAGUCCUACAUCACCUAAUAUUGCACUUACAGUUGCUCCUCCUACGUAUCCAUCUAGUGUGUUAACAACGCAAAAUGCAAAUCAACAACAACCAGGUUUUCAACCUCCAAGACCAGGUUACCAAAGGGCUCCUGUACAGAGGCCGACGCGACCGGCGGCUCCCCAAUUUCCGGUAUCCGGGGGCGGGCUAAUUAACAAACAACUGCCUAUGCACCAAAAACUGCCGAUGCACACCUCCCAGCAACAGCAGCAGCAGUUCGACCGGGAGAAAGUGCGACUACUUACGCAGCAACAACAACAGCACCUCGUCAUCCCGUCCAACGCCACCGUCGAGAUGAAACCGGGUAUGCAGAAUAUCGAUUCGCUAUUAAACAACACGGUCGCUCCAAAUGUUUCGUUGCAACGGUCGAAUUCCGUUACGGAUUCGCAACUUUCGCCGCCUUACCGAGGUCAAAUAACUCAGCAACGACAAAGACAAGGGGCCUUUCCUCCUCAAUCAACGGUGGGUAAUUACCAACAACAUAAUGCUGCCAGACUUUCCCCUCACCCGCCGUUUACCCAACAAUUAUCCCCAAGACAGGUUUAUCCACCUGGGUCGAACCAGAAUAUUAAUCCAAAUUGGCAACAAAAUCGGUUAACGUUGCAACAGCAACAAAAUCCUAUGCUCAAUGCACAGCUGACAAAGGGAAACUUUGUGUCUGGUCCAUCGACGAGGGGCGGUUUUCCUGUUCAGCAUUCGCAGCAGCAACAACAACAAGCGAUGGGGGGAAGUCCGGGGGCGGCGGCAUCGACGCGACAUUCACCCUAUUCGGCCGACACUUUCCCACCGGGUUCCCCCAACGCCUCAUUCAACCAGAACCAGUACCUGAGAUUACAGAGAGCUAACAGUGCACCCACUGCCACCACUCAAUUAUCAGGUGGCCUGGGCUCCCCCCGGCCUUACGGCAGGGAGCAUCCCCCACACUCUUCUUACCCCCCGAUCCCACAAUCCCCGCACCACACCAUGAUAUACCAACAAGACUCCCAGUACUGUUACGAUCAGACGGGUUUACAGUUACCGUACAAUGGUGCGGACCGGGGCCGCGUUCCUACACACCUCCAACCCGGUGUAUCGGCCAGCGGUGGUACGACGUCGGAAUAUGUUAGACAAGAACUGCGGAAUGUCGUGGGGGCGAGGGCGCAGGCACAGCCCUCGAACACCAGGCCCCAGGGGCAGAUACUUACCCAGAACGUCACUCAGGACCUCGAUUUAGGUGGACUGAAUUAUGAUCUCCCUACAACAGGUGCGAGUGAGAGCCCGAAACUUUGGGCUGCGAUGGGGUCAGAUAUGGGCUCAAUGUCUCCGCAGCCGGCGACCUCCAGGACUACUAUGGAGGAGGGCCCCCGACAAGGUGAUCACAAUAACUCGAGAUCUUCGCUGCUACAGAAACUGUUAUCGGAGUGACCGCGUGUAAAUAAUAGAGAUAUAUACUACUAGGUACCUCAACGGUAAAAAAAAGUACCGCAGGCUGUAAUCUAAACAGGUUAGCUAUCAAGUGCAUUACUACGUUGCUUGUUUUUGGUUAGGGUAGUGCGGAGCGAGGAAGGCACAAGGGCCCGAGUGCAAUUGUACAUAUAAUUAAAACAAAAAAAAGGUAAAUAAAAUAAAAAAAGAAAGGGAAGUGAGUUUAGAGAGCGAAAAGCGAGCGAGCGAGCGACCGAACGAGCGCAAGAAUCUUGUUUGUAUUCGUACACACACACACCACACGAAAAAAAUUGUAAAUUUAAAAAAGUAUAUAUACACACGCGCGUAUAUAUAAUUAUAUAUUUUAUUAACAAACAAAAAGAGUAAAAAAUGAAUACAAAAUUCCAAACAAAUAACAAAAACGCAAGAGCGCCCACAAAAAAAAACAAGCCUGUUAAUUCAUUUCGAAAUGUGUUUAGUGUUGUCUUCCUUUCAGUGAGUGUUCAUGCUACGCAUUACCAAAAAGAAAAAGCAAAAAAAAAAGAAAUAGUAACUGUUAAUAUUUUAUACAUAAUUUAAAAUAUGUUAUUUGGAGAGCUCGUUUUGUUGGACAUAUGUGAUAGGCAACCCGCCAUGUUACUGUUACUAGGAUUUCCUAGACUUUAUUAGUAAUAGCGUUCUUAUACUUGAUUAUUGUCAAUUACACCCAGCCACUAAAUUAAAAAAAAAAGUAAUAUGAAAAUAAAAUGAAAGAAAAUAUGAACAAAUUGACAGACAAAAACAUUAUUUAAUUACACGAGAUAUUUUUUGUACAUUAUUGGAGUUUGAAAUAUAUCUAUAUAAUACAAUAAAAGUAUAAUUUCUACUUUAA